UCGACGUGUACGUACUCAUUUAAGUGAAAACGCGGUGCGAACGCAACUGUUCCGAAGCGGCGAUGCUUGUACGCGAGUUGCGCUAAUUAACAUUUUGUUUAUAAACAAAAAAAAGCCGGGACGCCAAAAAUAAGCUAUACACGCCCGUUCGCAGGUGAAAAAUCGAGUAGAUUAUAGAAUAAAAUGCAGCGAUGGGCGGCAACAGAAGUUACAGUGUGAGCAGCAAUGGCAGCACGAGUAGCGGUGGCAGCAACACUAGCGGAAAUUAUAGCGAAUACAGCGCCGCCGGCAGUGACAAGCUAUGCAAGGCGACGGCAACAACACCAAAGUUGGUAUACAGCCGAACUGCCAGUCAGCGAGGAUUAGGAGGAGGAGUGACAAUGGCGCCACAGCAGCAGCAGCAGCAGCAAACGUACCAACGGGUGCGGCCACGACGAAUUAUGUGUCGCUGUUGCCUGUCUGAGCAGCAGCAGCCCACAACACGCCAGUCACUGGAGUCAUGCUCUGAUGAGGAUGCCCCACUCGUGGAGUUUGUGCCGCUGGACACCUUGGCCAUGGUGGAUUUGCGCGAUGAUAAGUUCAUAACUUCGUCAACAACCGGCAGCGGCAGUGAUUCAUACAAAUCGACGUCGGCCAGAACAGUAUCGGCUAGAGGAAACAAAGUCAAUGGCAUGCCAACAACAACAGCAACAACGUUGGCCAACAGUAGUAGUAGUAAUAGCAGCAGCAGCAGCAGUAGCAGUAGCAGUAGUAUCAGCACCACAACCCUGCUCGAUUGCUUGAACGCGUGUGCGCGCAUUGGCGCUUCGCUUGCGGACAUUGAACUGCCCCAGCACAUCUGUCUCGAUUGCUGUCAUACGCUGGAGAUGUGCUGCGAGUUCAUACGCUGCGUACGGAAUGCGGACAAAAUUCUACGCAGACGUUGUGCAUUGCCGGCAAAACGGGUGCGACAACAACAACAACAGUUUUUGCAACAGCAGCAACGGCAAACACCAGAAAUACCGGCUACGGGCAGUGAUGUGUAUGGUGAGGAGGGGCCAGCAGCGAAACGUAGGCGUCGUCGCGAAGAGAAAGUUCAGCAAGAACACCGCUUAAGUGUCGGUCGUGCCGGUGUCAGUGCAAAAAGUAUCGGCUACAACACGCCCAUAUCAAUAUCCUUGCCGAAGUCAGUGGCUGCGGCGCCGACAGCGACAGCAGCAGCAGCAGCGGCAGCGAUUACAACGACUAAGUGCGCAGAGAGGGAUGAAUUACUGGACAUUAGCCCAGCAUUGGAUGGUGCGGAGUGUAGUUUUGUGCGUUCAUUUGACAGCGGCAUUGAAAUCGACGAAGACUUGUGUUCGGUGAAAUCAAGUGAUUGUAGCGCGAAUGAGCAUCCCGUACGCUGUCAUCUGGCGAAAUAUGAAGGCUACACUUAUGUGGUCGCCGAAAUGCUUUCACAUGAUCUCGAACGUUUUCACAGGAGUGGGCGCGCGCAGACUGCAUCUGGCGCUCCGGUGACAUACAAAUGCGGUUUCUGCAUUUAUGAGUGCAGCGUGCGGCAGGAGCUGAACAAACAUUUGCAAAUACACUUGGGCCCGCCACAACACAGCUGUCGCAAGUGCAAUUUCGUUGGCCACUUCAAAUUUUUACUGGCACAGCAUAUGCGUAAUGCACACCACUGUGCGCUGGAGCCGAUUGGAACGGGUCAAGAAGUUUGCCAAAAGAAUGCCGAGAGGGGUGGCGGCGAUAUCGCGCGCAGUAACCAAGUAGCGGGAGCAGCAGUGGAGGGUCCAAAAUACCACUGCCACCUAUGCGGGGAAUGUUUUGUCAAUUAUGAUGCCUUGCAACAGCAUCGAAAAUCGCACAAAGUUUUUUGUAAAUGCCCAAUGUGUGCGUUCAAAAGUUCGACGCGCGAAAAUGUGCUGGAACAUAUGGCUAAAGAACACAAAGUACUUGUGGAGCGGCGUUUGAUUGUAAAAUAUAUACCGCUUCAACGAAUUAAUGCCGAACAAUUGCAAGAACUGGCUGCCACAAGAAACACGAGCGAGUCUACAGAAUUGAAAUUAUUACCAAAGGACAAUAAAUAUCGCAAACAUUUAUGCCAAUUUUGUGGCAAAUGCUUCGAUCGUCGCUUCCAUUUGCUUAAGCACGAAUAUGGCGUGCAUCGUCUAGAAAUCGAACAGACGAACAGCGCCGAUGCCACGACGCGUGCAAAACUGGCCAUUUAUGGUGUUGGUGGUGGUGGCACCUCAACAAAGCAUACCAAACUCAAAUAUUUGCGCCAACGCAACGCCGUGCAAGCGGCACGCCAGCAACGCUGCAUCGAGGAGCUCGCGCAGCUGGACGACCAGCAGCCAGGCCAAGAUAUUACAAGCAAAUUUCAAUGUGAAAUUUGUGCGGCCGUAUUCAUGUUCAACUUCGAAUUGAAAUACCACAUGCGUACGCACAAAAUUAGCACGCACACCCAAACCGUGGAGGGCAAGGAACUAAAUGAUAAGCGUACCGGCACGCCUACUCCUCCCUUAACGCCAACUGCCACGGCGAAGUCUAUGCAGCAACUAACAGGAGUUAGCACAACAACAGAACGCGGCGCACUGCAAGCAGUGGAAAACAAAGCGAAGUAUGGAGAUAAGUGCGCAGAUGCAGAUGGAGAAGGUGGCGAAAGUGAUGGUGAUGCUGAUGGCGAUGCUGAUGGCGAUGAGUAUGCCGUUGGUGAAGCUGAGGAGGACACAUUAAAGUAUGCGCAUGGAUAUUCGAAUAGUAUGGAUGCCACCUUGCCCGGCUUGGCGGGUGGCGUUGAUUUGGAUUUGAUGGCAUUGGUGGCACCGGAAAUGUCGCCAUUGGAUUCACUGGAUGCUAGUCCAACCAGCAGCAACAACAGUUUCGACAUCAACUACGAUGAUCAGUUGUACUUGAAUGAUUUCGAUUUGGGCCUGCUGGACUGCGGUGCAGAAUUUGGCGGAUUUUAGUUGUUGCCGUAAAAAUAGAUUUUAAUUAAUAGUUACUUAGUUUUUUUUUGCAUUUUGUGUUUGCUUGUUUUGUACGAGUUGGAGAGUUAAGACAUGGAAAAUAUUUGUGUUUUUGUGUAUUCGAGGAGAACAAAAGUCAGAGACUGAGUAAAUUGAAAAGCAAUACAAAGACAAUUGUUGCAAUAUUUUUUUUUGUUUUUUUUUUGUUUCAUUAAAUUCAAUGCAUUAAACAAAUACACACGCACGCACGUAUAAUAUAGUAUUAGAAUUAAUUUAGAGAUUGAAAAGUGACAGGCGUACAAACAUUUUCAGAAAUGCGUCAAAAAUUUAAAUCCAUAAACUUAAGCAAUCUAACUCACGUUUUUGUUGUAAAUUGCACAUUUCUAGUAUUUUUUUUUUUGUAGCUUAUUUGCGCAAUUAAUUUUUACACUUUUUAGCGUUUAAGUUUUGCAAAUCGUCAAUAUUUUUUAAUUACCCUGUAUUUAUUACUGUUUACAAAAAGUAUACAGAUGCAAUACUAACG